CAUGAUCUGAUCGAGAAAUUUCGUAACUAAUUUAAGCAGAACGAGAAACCCCGCAAUAUAACUACAGCUACCUGAGGUUGACUUUUGCGGCGGCGGCGGCGGAGGGUCAGACACGAUGAGCACGGCGGGGAAGCCGAUCAACAUACCGGAAGCAACUCGAAAACUCGAGGUUGACAAUCGAGUGUCUCUCCGCUAUUAUUAUCGGAUCGCCGAUAACCUUCUCCAAGAGGCAAAUAUACAUCGGGACAUGAAGAAUGUGGUAGAUCUUUAUAUUGUGCUUCUUAAAUUUUCAAGUCUUCUAUCAGAAACUAUACCCUGCCAUAAAGAUUUCACACGCUCAAAUAAACCAGAAAAAGAUUACUACAAGAAGAAAUUGUUGCUAGCAUUAAAUGAGUUGGAGACUUUGAGACUGGAAGUGGAACCAAAAAUUUCUCGACUGAACAAAGCAUAUGCUUCGAAUGAACCUGUUCCAGGCCUCACAGAUGAUCAGCAGGCAACGCAGGGAAGAUUAUCAGCGGUUACGGUGAAUGUUCCCCAGACUAGCAGGCAACAAACAUGCUCCAGUAACAUGAAGGGGGAAAGGUGGGUGGGUUCUUCUUUGGUAAUUGAUUCAUUUUCGCCGAAAACAGAAAAGGUUUCGAGCAGAGAAGAUGGAAGGGGGAGUACUAGUAGUUCUUCUUCAUCAUCAUCAGCAUGCUGUGUGGUGUGCUUUGAGGGAGGAAUAGAGGGAGCUUGUGUGCCGUGUGGGCAUAUGGCUGGAUGCAUGGCAUGUUUGAAUGAGAUCAAAGCCCAGAACUGGGGUUGCCCUGUCUGUCGCACUCCAAUCCAGCAGGUUUUGCGUUUGUAUGCUGUUUGAUCUCCCAAUUAUCUCAACAAUAUUAUUUCAUUCCCAGCUUAUUUAUUCCAGGUGAUCGUUAUUCCAUGGAUCAUGGUUCACAUUGUAAGUUAAACUAUUGACAUAAAGUUCAAUUUUUGUAUACCGAAAGUUCAUUUUUAAAGCAUUGAAUUUGAAUCUUCAUUUUACUUUUGAA